GAGCAACUACUCCAAUCAAUCGACCUGAUCAAGGAACGCAGCCAAUUCCUCGUGGGCAACCUAUGGGCCCUCCUCCUCCUCCUGUGGGUUACCGUCCAACUUACGGUGUUCCUACUACGCUGUCAAUGUUACCGCGUGGCACUAACUUGCAAAACGGGGGUCCUAUAGGUCGAAGGUCAACGUUACCAACAGGCACAACAGCACAAUCCGAAGAAAAAAGUACAAACUUUACAGAAAAUGACGUUCUUAUUUCGUCUGGAGUAGAUAUAAAAGCAGAGGAAAUCAAUAUUCGUAGAGAACACGAGUUAUUGACAGCGCGUCAAUCUUCCACGUUAGUUCAAUAUCCAGACCGUUCACGCUCCCAAAAUUUUUUAAAUCAGAGAAGUCUUGCCGCAAAAGUUCAAUCUAUAGCAUUACAGCACAAAAUAGUAAACGUACCGCCUGACGCAUUAGCUUACUUGGCACUCGCCACACAAGAAAGAAUCCGAGAAUUAAUCGAAACAAUGAUAGUAGCGAAAAACCACAGAAUACAUUCGGAACAUAUAAAUCUUCCCCUUGACUCCGAAAACAGUUUGCCCAUGUAUAAAGAAGUUGUCAGUCUAGAUGUUAGAUCACAAUUAGCUGCCAUGGAAAAAGUAGAAAGGGAACAAGAGCGUAAAAGGCAGGAAAGCCUUGCUGGUUCAUCGCAAGAUAAUAUAGGUGAUGACCAAACAGAUGAUGUAAAAGAUUCAACUGAUGCUCCGACUCAUCAACCAAAACGUGUUAAACGUCAAAAAAAAGAAUCCUCAUCUGCUUCGUCAUUGAAGCUUACUAAUGAGGCUAUUGCCACAAGCACUAAUCAAACAGCUUUGGUAGCUGCCGGUGGUCUAACGAAAAGUUGGAUGUUACAAGGUGCUAUUGAUAAAACUUCUCAGUCUUCAGCUAUAUCAACAAACAGCAACGGCACUUCAUCUGGAAUUAGGCCGUCACGUGGUCGCUCACGUUCAACUUCAAAUGGUCGACCCUUAGUAAAUAAAAGAGAUGCUCUAGGCACACGCGGCGACCAUAUAUAUGCUGCAGCACAUGAUGCUAGCGGGAGGGUUUCACGGGAUGCAGGUGAUGUCACUCCAGCAGUAACAGUGAAAGAUGCUCUUUUCGUACUUGAAAGGGAUCGUGGUGGUGGUGGUCAAGCCGGUGGAACGCGAGAGGUACUCAUGAAGUUAUUAUUGGUAUGGAGAGCGCUGAGUGAAUUAUCACCCUCUGAUAUUGAAAGCUGCAGCCCUCGUUGGAACAAGAACGAGUAUAGGUAUCUUAGACCCCCCACCAUUUCGCGAAGCCUGUUCCUGAUCACUUUAAUGAGGAGAGAUUUACCUGUUCCUGCAGCUCCCAUCACGAUCAUUCUUAGUGGUUCAACGCGAAUACCUCUAAGAAAAUUAUUGGGAUUUGGGUGGUGA